AUGAGAACGUUCAUCAAAUCGCAUCGAAAGUCAAAUUCUGUUGAUAGCAGUCCCUCCAGAAGCUACAGCGACAUUGGUAACAACUCAAGAUCGAGCAAUGAAUUUGGUGAGGGCUCGCCACGGUCGAUGGGGAACGGCAGACCACCAAUUGAAAAAUUGCCGUCUCAAGCUGCAAGCUUUGACUCUAAUGGUAGUAGCCAUAAUAAACUGUCAAACAAGAACAAAAUAUUCUCUACGCGGAUUUUCAAAAAACCUAAUGCUAGUAACGCGAAAUUGGGGGAGUCUGUCACAGCACCAACGUCACCAUUUAUACAAUCUUUCCGAAAUUUGUCAUCGCCAGAAAAUCCUCAAAAUUGGCAGUUUUCCAGACAAACUAUCAGCGGGUCUCAGACCCAACUAGAGGAUUUGGUCACUCCCACAAUAAGGGGCACAAGGAUGCAUGAAUGGGGGUCCAGCAGUAAAGAACGGUCUCAGUCGGUUAUCGUACUGAAUCGAAACUCUACCUCAUCGGACGUGUCAUCGGAGCUCAACGAUCCAACUCUAAACGGGAGCAUACAGCUACGAAAUGGGUCAUUGAGCUCUGCUGCUUCUAGUAUGCAAACUGAAAGCAGACGUGGAAGUGUGGAUAUAUUACAGAAGGAAAGACCCAAAAAUCUCGAAGACAUUCAUGAGCAGCAUCCGUAUUCAAGCUUUCGACCUGACACUAAAAAAAUUAAAAACCGGCAGGCCCGGAUUCAUUCGCAUGAAGAUUUUUUGAACAUGGAGCGUAAUUCAACUCUGGAUUUAAGCUCGUUCUCUAAUACUUUCAAGCUAUCACCAACACAUGACAUAGGGUCCUCCCCAGAGUCCAAAGCCUCUAUCCGGCAGGAGCAUCCAACUAAAAUGGAGCCAACUGAGAUGUUUUUAGGACUUGGCCUAAGCUAUGGGCAGGACCCCAAUGGCGACAACGUUUCGGUUACAUCGACUCACAAAGAACAAAGUAUAGCAACCAAUGACAGAUCUUUCGAAGAAGGUGACGAAAUUUCGGCAGGUUCCGACAAUAGCAGUCACUCCGUUGCUUCGAAAGUCAUUGAUGCAGAAGUUCGCUCAAUCACGAAUAGUGAAUUUGAGGGUCCCUUCAAUGAAGAAUCAUCUGACGGGUCAUCCGAUGGAUCAUCAGAUGUAUCAUCACGCUUUUCUUUCGAACUUGCUGGAGUCAAUGGUAGAACAGCCUCAGUGAAAUACUAUUCCAAGCCCGAACCCAAAACUAACGUGUACAUUGACGAUCUCUACAAUGACGAAGAUUUUGAUGAAAAUAUGAACUGUUUUGAUGAAGACGCAGAUGAUCAGUUAGAGGAAAUGGAGUUCACAGGCAGGCGAAAGGAUCAAAAAUUAAAACCUUCUGUAAGGUUUGAAAAUUUGACCGGUGGAAUAACCCACGACGGGGGUCCUAUUAUCAGUGAGAAGCCUCAAGCGGCAGGCCGCGAAAUAAAUGGCUAUAAUGAUUUAUUCGAUAUAUCUGAUGAAGAGGAGCAACCCGGAGCGACUGAUCACAAUUGUCUUGAAGAUGACUUUCCAGACGACGAAUAUCCAGAUGGUGACUUUCCUGACGAUGCGAGCGCACAAUCUUAUGAUCUUGGGUGUGAUGGUCUUGAAGCGGAGGAUACCACAGAAGCUAACUUUGCACCUCGAAACCCUUUGAACAGUUACGGAGACAUCUUUGAUCUUAGUGAUGAAGACGAAAUCCCAGUUCAACCUGGUUUCGACAAUUCAAAUAUCAAGGAGGAAGAUGCUGGCGUGGAUUUCAAUCGUAGUUCCAAUGCAUCUGAAUCCGACGGUAAUUCAAACCCCGACGUACAAGCUUCAAAAUUGCCCACCGACACACUCACACGCGAAAACCCCGCCGCCCAUGUAUCACAGCUGCAGUCCCCGUUCCAUUGUAGCUUAGAGCAUCCGAGCGUGGAAGUUAUUAAUAUGCCGUUACCUCCUCCUGCCAGGUCUCAAGUCCUCAAAUACCACGACCUCACCUCAAAUCUGGAUUACGAUGUACCAGAUGCGACAAGUAAUCUCUACUUUAUCAAUGAGGCAGAAGAAGAUAAGUAUAAUGAGAAGAAUCAACCAGACGAUCACUACUUGGAUGAAAUCAACAUACUGCCCGAAGAUUACAAUUUUUCGGACGAUGAAGAUCUCUUUGCACCUUCGUUACGGUCAUCAAGCUCCACUAGGAAAGCGAAUAAUUCUUUCAAAGGAACACAUAGCUUUUCUCGCAAACCAUUUGCAGCCGUUAUGGAAAAUUUGCCGGUCAAUUACAAACUAGAGUUGAAAGAUAAGGUAGUUACAUUCUUUCACAGUCCCGUCAACGAGCUGGAGCACAAUCCUCUAGGCAGUAGUCAGAUCCAAGAUACGGAUGAAGAUUUGUUUCUCUCUCCCGUUGAAGAUUGGCAAAGAGGUUCGUCUUCUGAAUCGGUAACUUCUCCCGUUACUCCGUCUAAUUCAUUGAAUCGGCCGACACCGUAUUUCAAUCAAGGAAACUCUCUCAGCCCCAUACAAGAAACCAACGGAUCUGUUGACAACUCUCCCAGAAUGGAUAGCUCAGCUAGCCGUAGUCAUUGA